GCCCGGGUCGGAGCUUGGUCACCGAAGACAGAAGUCGUCAUGAAGGUUUAUGCACUUCUGGCGCUCUUCAUCGCUGCUUCUGUAUGCGAUGCCCUCUACUUACCCCUCGACUCAAGAGUCAAGCGCGACAUCGACGAUUGGAACACACAGGACUUCAUGAGAGACUAUCUAGGCCAGGAACGGCGGGAACUUUACGGAAUGAAUAAAGGCAUGGACGACUACGCGAAACGCUACCUUAUGUCCUAUCCUGUGGAAGGCAUUGUGAACAGACCGAAUACACAUCCACUGAUGAGAACGGUGGGGAAUUUCGUGGUCAACCGAAUGCGAAGUCCCUACAGCCUUUUUUUCCAUACGCUACUGGAACCAAAUCCAGCAUAUUAGUUUGGUGGGCAAGCAAUUAUGCCAUACAUAAGCUGCUCUUCAAAAUAAAAGCUAAAUUUUGUUGAGAA